GUUAGCGCUCACUGCUUUCAAUUUUUUCGUCUUCGAGAAGGAGAGAGAGAGAGAGAGAGAGAGGGGAUAGAUUUAUUACUGGUACAGUUUUUUUUGUUUGUUUUUGAGAGGAGAAAGAAGAAAUCAAAGCUUUCUAUUGUGAUUUAACUUUAUUUUUGAGAUCAGAAAUGGGGAGAAACCCAAAAGCUUCAAUCGACCCGAUCCGGGUGAGCAAGCGGAUAGCCGUAGCAAAAAGUGUGAUUAAUCCUAUAGUCGCCGUUGAAGCAAUACCUAAGAAGAAUCCAAAAGUUGCCGGAUCAGAAGGAUUUACAAGCAAGACCGAAUUAGUUCCAAAAAUUGCUCAUGAGCCAACAAAGACGAAGAAGAUCAAAGCCAUCAGGGAAGCAAAAGAUAAUAAGAGAGGCAAAAGGCCCUUUGGAAGUAAAGUUCCACAGACCGAUACCAACUACAAAACUCUGUAUUUUGACUCGCAAAAAAAGGUUGAGGAUUUGAUGGAGGAAAACCAUAAGCAAGCCAUUGAUUUGAGCUACAGGAGUGGACAAGUUGAUGCAUACGAGUAUAUAAUAGGAAAUAUGAAGAAUGUGGUGGCCUUCUCUAAUACAAUGAGAGUAACUGAUGCAGAGAUGAACUUGUCUAAAGGAACUGCUUCAGAUGCUCCUUCACUGAACCUGAAUCAUCUCGGAUGAAGAAGAACGUACUCAUAAAAAGCGUGUUCAUCCUCUUGGUAGUGAAUGUUUUUUUGGUGGCCAUCUAUUUAUUUGGUGGUGUUUUGGAAAAUGUACAUGCAUGUUGAAAUUAGCAACUCUUGCUUUGUCUUUUAACUAUGUUAGUUUUCUCAGGCAAUAUCGGAUGUUUUCUUAGGUAGUAUUGACUCUUGUUGGUAAACUGAAAGUGGAUUGUGAAUUUAAUCAAAUGACAUGUCUUGCUCUUUUUAGUAAUGUCCAACUAUUUAUGAUCA